CUUCACAAUUAUUGCAUCCUCACCUAUUUGCCAUGGUUAUCACUCAGCCAAAUACGCAAAUCAAGUUGACAAACGUCUCAAUUGUUCGCUACCGCAAAGGAGGCAAAAGAUUCGAGAUAGCUUGCUACAAGAACAAAGUACUAGAAUGGAGAAAUGGAGUUGAGAAGGAUCUGGGGGAGGUUAUGCAGAUUGACAACGUAUUCUUAAACGUAUCAAAAGGCCAGGCUGCGAAUAAGGAAGAUCUCCUGAAGUGCUUCAAGACAGAUGAUCGCAAUGCUAUAAUUCUGGAGAUUCUGAAAAAAGGCGAGCUGCAGGUUGGCGAAAAGGAGCGCUCAAGCAUGCUGGAUGGCAUGUACCGCGAUAUUGCCACAACCGUUGCAGAAAAAUGCGUCAACCCAGAGACUAAGCGACCUUACACUGUGACGAUGAUCGAGAAGGCUAUGGCGGACCUACAUCUUUCUGUCAAUCCCUCCCGUUCUGCAAAGUCACAAGCAUUAGAUGUCAUCAAGCAGCUUUUGGAGAAGAAGACAAUCCCAAUAGCGAGAGCUCAGAUGAGAAUCAGGAUCAUUGUUCCAUCAAAGGACGGCAAAAGGAUAAAAGAGAAGCUUUUGUCUAUGGUCGCCUCAAAGGAAGAGGAAGAUUUGGAUGAGAACUAUGAAUGGGUUUGCCUAAUUGACCCUGGACAAUUUAGACCGAUCAAUGAGCUAUUACAGUCAGAGACGAAAGGGAAAGGACAGCUAGAGAUGUUAAGUCUAACAGAGACCAAGCAAGGCGAUGAAGUAUUCUAAUGGAUAUCAAGGCGCAUUA